CAUAAGGUAAACCAGCUGGAAGACGUGUAUGGUCAAAGCAGCAGAGAAACUUCAGCGAGCUAUUCCUAAAAUCUAACUUUCAGCAUUUAUUUUGAAGCAGCUUGCACGUAAAGAAAUAAACUAAUAUCCUGCUGCAAAAAUGUCUGUCGCAGGCUUCAAGAAACAAUUUUAUAAAGCCAGCCAGAUGGUGAGUGAGAAGGUAGGGGGUGCAGAAGGAACCAAGCUGGAUGAAGACUUCAAAGAUUUGGAGAAGAGGGCAGAUGUUACCAGCAAAGCGGUGGUGGACCUAAUCUCUAAAACCUCUGAGUACCUGCAGCCCAACCCAGCGUCCAGGGCCAAGCUGACCAUGCUGAACACAGUGUCUAAGAUCCGGGGCCAGGUGAAGAGCCCUGGCUACCCCCAGGCUGAGGGGCUGCUGGGGGAGAGCAUGGCCAAGUUCGGACGAGAGAUGGGAGAGGACACCAACUUUGGUGGGGCCCUGGUGGACGUGGGCGAGUCCAUGAAGAGGCUGGCCGAAGUCAAGGACUCUCUGGAUAUCGACGUCAAGCAAAACUUUAUCGACCCACUGCAGGCCGUCGUCGACAAGGACAUCAAAGAUAUCCAGUAUCUUCUGAAGAAGCUGGAGGGCAGGCGUCUGGACUAUGACUAUAAGAAGAAGCGGCAGGGGAAGAUCCCAGACGAGGAGCUAAGAUCGGCCCUGGAGAAGUUCCAUGAGUCCAAAGAGAUGGCUGAGAGCUCCAUGCACAACCUGCUGGAGACUGACGUGGAGCAGGUGAGUCAGAUGGCUUCUCUGGUGGAAUCCCAGCUGCAGUAUCACAAACAGGCCGUGCAGGUUCUGGAGGAGCUGACUGACAAACUCCGAGACCGGGUGAACGAGGCCCAGUCUCGCCCCAGGCGUGAGUACACUGCUAAACCCAAACCCUCCUUUGACUACGGAGAGCCGGAGCACUCAAACGGAGGAUACUCCCCCACUGCCAACCCCCCUUCCUACUCAUCUGCCCCCCUUGUAGAAGUUCCAUCCUUCCACAGAACACCGUCCAUGAAGAACAAUCAACACUCCUCUGAGCCGUGCGCUAAGGCAUUAUAUGACUUUGAUCCGGAGAACGAGGGUGAGCUGGGCUUCCGCGAGGGCGACAUCAUCACGCUGACCAACCGCAUCGACGAGAACUGGUUCGAGGGCACACUCCACGGCCAAUCAGGAUUCUUCCCCAACAACUACGUAGAAGUGGUGGUGCCCCUGUAACGCUCAGAGAGGAGAAGAGCUUGAGAGGGAGGGAGAUGGGAGACGAGGGGGCAUCUCAAUUGUCUGAAGUGGGUCACUGGUCUAAAUACAAGGAGAUCUCAGCAUGAGGAAAGUAGCUGAGGAGAGAGGUCACUUUAGAUUGAGAUUCACCCAAAGAUGGAUGAACAGAAAAAGUGAGGGAGACAGGAUAUGGAUGCUGACGGAGGGAAAAGUUAGUACAACAUUGGGGUUGGGUGUAUCUUUGUUUUCAUUCUCUAUGCACCUGUGCACUUUCUACCCUUCACCUCCCUUACCGGGAGAUAUGAAGAAGGGCUUCCUAGAGGAGAUGUUUGUGUUAUUAUGCGUGACCUUUACCUAUGAACACUACCAGGCUAUGCUGUAAGCAGACCUAGGGGGAAAAACUGCAGCAAAAUUGCCUUGACAUUGUUGCCUUUAAUCACUCAUUUACUUUACGUUGUCCUCAUUUCUAGGCAGAAGUGUUUAAAUAUGUGUUACUCUUCCACGAGUGGGAAUUAAAAGCCUGUUUCAUUUUAAUGCACACACGCCCUCUUCUUUUAUAUACAAACACAAGAGGUGGAGCGUGAGAUGGAUCUCCGUUUUAGCACUUACAUGCUGCCCUCUGCUGGUCUACGUGUGUUAUACCGUCAGGAGUAGGAUGAAGUUGCAAUAGAUACUGAUCCGUUUUGCGUGUUUCCCCCCUAAUGGUUUAUUUCAUGGUCCUUUUUUCAAACUCAUAAUCUAUUCCAUACUUGUCAAAUGUGAUUGUUCUGCUUGUAUGUGGAAUAACUAGCCUGUUUCUACUGAAGCCAAUGUGGCCAUUGUCUUGGUAUGGCAACAAUAUGGGGUUGGGCACCGAGGCUAGUGAAUAACUGUAGUGAAUGGUCCUUUUCUGUUGGCAUACACACAGCUCUGCUGGUCAGAGUUGUACUAUGUCUCUGAACACUAUCUCUGUUUAGUACUGUUACUGCUGCUAGGCUGCCUUUCAUAGACUCCGUCUGCAAUACCCCUCUGCCUUCCUCCCCCUCUCCUCUGUAUCUCUGCCUUUACACUAACUUUUACAUGGUCUAAUUAUCAAAAAAGGGGACAUUUUGCAUUUCUCACAAAGUCCUUAGUUCUGAAUGUGUUUUUGUGUUCUAAAACCGAUUUGUAGUUAUCUGCACCCUCUGACAAUAACCCUAGUCUCUGUGCCUGAGGGCUGAAACCAAAGUAACAUACUUUUUGGGGGGAGAGUGGAGAUGGAUACCACAGUGGCCUAUAAUUGACUUGCUACAGUCAGUCUGUGUACAGUCAGUAAGGUGUAUGUCUGUCAGUAUGCAUCGCUUGUUGACACGGCUGGCAGUGUCUUGGAGAAUGUAUUCACGUUUUCUAGAGUAUUUACGUGUCACCCCCAGUGUGUGUGGGAGAAAAAGAGUGGACAGAGUACUGGAUAUGACCAAACACUCGUGUUUUUCUGGGUGUUACAAACUGUUCUAGUUUCAGUUCUACCUUUUAACCCAGAGCCUCAGAACUGUAAAGAUAUAUGAACUCUACACACAGACAAUAACUGAUUCUCCUUGUUAUCUCGUUGUUUCACUCCUUCAUGGCAUCCGUGGAACUGGAGCAUAAUCUUUUAUAUAGAAAUAGCACAGUUUAUCCCCUACCCCCACUCUCUGGCUCUCUGCCCCCAUCCCCUGCCCCCAUUCCUAUGCCCCCUUGCCUCCCCUCCUACCCCUCUCUCACACCUGCCCCUGGUCCCUCCCUAUUGUCAUCCCUAACCCCCCCCCCCCCCUCCCUUCACUCAUCUCCUAAUCCUCCCCCUCGAGCCCUGCCUCUCUCCCAUCACUACAGAACUCUCUCUCCACUCCUUCCCUAGAACAUGCAGCUUCACUACCAAAAUAAACCGAAUGUGCAUUUUGGCAUGUUCCUGUUAACUUAAUGUGUACAUGUUUCUCUUGUCUAUUAUAUAACAAAGGGUUCAGACCACCUUUGUCAGUUUUUGUGGACGUGUGUCGUUGUCAACAACUAUUCUAAUGCCAUUGGUGACUAAUUAUAUGUGUAUGUUUUUCACACUACAUUUGGAGCUGGGGUAGAUCUACCCCCCCCCCCCCCCCCCCCCCCCCCCCACUGGAGUACCAUAUUAUUUAGAUAUUAUGAAAAUAAGUAUUACCUUAACAUUAUUUUAAUAUACAGAAUCAUAUUGGAAGGUGUCCAGUGUAAAUUGCUAGUAGCCUGCAUGUGUGUCUAUAGGUAAUGCCUUGGUUUAGCAAUUUAAUGCCUCAUUUUGAGGCUCUUUUUUUGUUGUAACUGUGACACUCCAGCAAUCGAGGCUUGAACCAAUUCAGGAUUAUCUUUUUUAUAUGGAUUAUCUCUAUAUUAUCUUUGUAUUGUCAUAAUCUCCUGUGUAUUGUAUAUUUUUGUGAUGAUGUAAAGGGGAAAGGAGGCUGUCCUUUCAAUUGUUAAAUAAAUAUAAAGUGAAGUGGC